AUGCCGUCCGACAAGACCAUUGGAGGCGGGGAUGACGCAUUCAACACGUUCUUCUCCGAGACUGGCGCGGGCAAACACGUUCCUCGCUGCGUUAUGGUUGACCUGGAACCUACAGUUGUUGAUGAGGUGCGCACUGGUACCUAUCGCCAGCUCUUUCAUCCUGAGCAGCUGAUUUCAGGAAAGGAAGAUGCAGCCAACAACUUCGCACGGGGCCAUUAUACCAUCGGAAAAGAGAUCGUUGACCUUGUGCUGGAUCGCAUUCGGAAGCUUGCAGACAACUGCACUGGCUUGCAGGGCUUUUGCGUCUACAAUGCGUGCGGCGGCGGCACAGGGUCCGGCCUUGGAUGUUUGAUGUUGGAGAGAUUGUCCGUGGACUAUGGCAAGAAGAGCAAGAUCUCCUUCACGGUUUGGUGCUGCCCGCAGGUGGCUACCGCUGUGGUAGAGCCCUACAACACGGUUCUGUGCGUCCACUCAUUGUUGGAGCACACCGAUGUCACCAUCAUGUAUGACAACGAGGCGCUCUACGACAUUUGUCGCAGGAAUCUGGACAUCGAGCGGCCCACCUAUACCAACCUCAACCGUUUGAUCGCACAGAUCAUCUCCAGCUUGACCGCUUCUCUCCGCUUCCAUGGCGCUCUCAACGUCGACAUCACGGAGUUCCAGACCAAUUUGGUACCUUACCCGCGAAUCCACUUCAUGCUCACCUCCUAUGCGCCAGUGAUCUCUGCUGAGAAGGCAUACCAUGAGCAGCUGUCCGUGGCGGAGAUCACGAUGUCAGUCUUUGAGCCGGCUUCCAUGAUGGUGAAGUGCGACCCUCGUCACGGCAAGUACAUGGCAUGCUGCAUGAUGUAUCGCGGUGACGUGGUGCCCAAGGAUGUGAAUGCGGCAGUGGCGACCAUCAAGACCAAGCGCACCAUUCAGUUUGUGGAUUGGUGCCCCACUGGCUUCAAGUGCGGUAUCAACUACCAGCCACCCACUGUAGUGCCAGGAGGCGAUUUGGCCAAGGUCAUGCGUGCGUGCUGUAUGAUCUCCAACUCCACUGCAAUUGCAGAGGUCUUCUCGCGCAUUGACCACAAGUUCGACCUGAUGUACUCCAAGCGUGCCUUUGUGCACCACUACGUGGGUGAAGGCAUGGAAGAGGGUGAGUUCUCGGAAGCUCGGGAAGACUUGGCCGCCUUGGAGAAGGAUUACGAAGAGGUUGGCAUCGAAACAGCCGAAGGUGAGGGUGAGGAGGAAGGCUAUGGUCAGUUGGCAGUGAAGAGUCAACAUGUGAAGAGCUACCUUUGGGUCUUCAUCAACUGCUUGGUGGAGAAUCCAGCCUUUGACUCCCAGACCAAAGAAACGCUCACGAGCAAGCGGGAGAGGUUCGGCUCUGCCUGCCGCUUGCCAGAAGACCUGCUGACGCAGGUGCUGGAGAGCGGUCUGUUGGAAUCUCUACAGGAGUGGUCCAAGGCCAUGGGCAAGAGCGAGCUGGCGCAACACUUGAAUCGAAGUGACCUAGGUCUGCAGAAGCGCCUCUUUGGGGUGCCGAAGUUGGAAGAUGCCAACAUGGCGGGCACCAAGGAGGGGUCCAGCUGCACGCUGAUCUUGACGGAGGGGGACUCCGCCAAGGCGCUGGCUGUGGCCGGCUUGUCAGUGGUGGGCCGCGAUCGCUACGGGGUCUUCCCCUUACGGGGGAAGCUGCGCAAUGUGCGGGAACUCACCGUGAAGCAGAUGUUGGAGAACAAGGAGAUCGACCAGGUGCUCAAGAUCAUGGCCUUGGAUGCCACCAAGGACUAUCAGGAUGCGAGAGGUCUACGAUACGGUUCCAUUAUGAUCAUGACGGACCAGGAUCACGAUGGCUCGCACAUCAAGGGCCUCAUCAUCAACUUCAUCCACCACUGGUUUCCAUCCUUGCUCAGGCUUCCAGGCUUCUUGAAAGAGUUCGUCACGCCCAUCGUGAAGGUAACCAAAGGCGAAGAGACCAAGACCUUCUUCACCUUGCCGGAGUAUGAAGCCUGGAAAGAGGCCACCAAGGACAGCCACACCUGGAAGUGCAAGUACUACAAAGGUCUUGGAACCAGCACCAGCGCCGAAGCCAGAGAGUACUUCGCUGAUCUUCACGACCAUGAGAUUCAGUUCACCUAUACCGGAGGUCAGGACGAUGAUCUCAUUGACAUGGCCUUCGCGGCCAAACGGUCGGAUGAUCGGAAGGCCUGGAUCUCGCGCCUGGAGGAGGGCACUUUUGUGGACCACUCGCAGCCAACGUUGAGCUAUUCCGACUUCGUCGAGAAGGAGCUCUCGCUGUUCGCCAAGUAUGACGUGGAGCGGGCGGUGCCCUGCUUGGUGGACGGCCUCAAACCAGGGCAGCGGAAGGUGCUCUUCGGUUGUUUCAAGAAGAAGCUCACCGGGGAGAUUAAGGUGGCGCAGCUCUCAGAUUUUGGACUCCUCCCUAUCCUUUUCGAGAACUUCGACCCCGAACUCGGCGUGGUGUUGAGGCAUCCCGAACUCGGCGUGGAUGCCUGGAAAUGGACUCUUCACCCCAUCCUCAAUCAUCCUCGACUCACAGAUCCGUGUUUUGGGACAUCGAUUUGUUGGGCAAAACUCACGGCCCGCUCCGUUUGGGGCAUCCGUUUGGGCCCUCUCCGCUCCGUGGACGAGUCCCGCGCGCGCGCCUUUUAUCGCCUUGCAGGCUACGUGGCGGAACAGAGCGCGUACCAUCACGGUGAAAGCUCCCUACAGGUGACGACCGGACGACGCUCCUGUCCGACCGUGAUUCGGGAUGGAGGGAUGGACCGUGAUCAGCAUUGGGAACGUGUGGCGUGA